AUGGUGACAUGGCCGCCAUCGCUCGUCGGCAGGGUCGUAGGGACAGGGCAGCCUCUUGGCCAUGGGCGUCUGGCUGCUAACACCUUGUAUGCCGUGGAAGGAGAAAAGAAAAGCGGUGCGAGGGUCGGCGUCGUCGCCGACGUCAACUCCAAAUCAAGCUCACAAUCUGUUGCACAUGGGAAGUUCGACUGCAGAGAAUGUGUAGGUAAAAAUAAUUCAGAGGGCAAGCUUUUUGGAAUCAUAUUGCCUAUAGUGUUUGUUGUUGUAGUAACUGCCAUAGCCCUCUAUGUUUGUAAAAAGAGAAGAUCUCAAAGAAUAAAGCUACCCCAUGGAACUCAUACGGUUGAGGACUUCGGAAGCAUCAAGUCAACAUUAUUAUCAUUAUCAUCACUACAAGUUGCAACAAAUAACUUUGAUGAAAGCAAUAAACUUGGUGAAGGGGGAUUCGGUGUAGUUUAUAAGCGGUGGCUACAUGUGUCUCCCGAGUACGUGAUGCGUGGGCAGUUUUCCACAAAAUCAGAUGUGUUCAGUUUCGGGAUCCUUGUUAUAGAGAUCGUAACAGGGCGGAGAAACACAGGGCAUUACUUCUAUGAUGAGCAAAAUGAAGAUAUUAUAAGCCUUGUAUGGAGGCACUGGACCGAGGGAACAAUUGCAGAGAUGAUAGAUGAUUCUCUGGGGAGAAAUUACUCAGAGACCGAGGUGCUAAAAUGCGUUAACAUUGGUUUGUUGUGCCUUCAGCAGAGUCCCAUGGACCGACCUACGAUGUCUGAUGUCAUGGUGAUGCUCAGUGGUGAUGAUGAUACUAGUUCUCUACCACCUGCUGCGAGACCCACAUUUUUCUUGGAUAGAAGCACAGUUUCUCUGCAUCCAACGAUCCAGCUCACCGGUUCUCCCUCCUUCGCGUGCGCUAUGCACGGCCGCGCCCUUCGCACCCCCCGCCCUGCUAGCAGCAGCGCUGCUGGCGUCGGCCGUCACGCUCACGCUUCUCCCUCCGCCGCCGCGCAGCCGUGGGUUGGCCCGUGGCCGACGUGCGACGACACCACGGGCAACUACUCGGCCGGCAGCGCCUACGCCAACAACAUCAAGCAGCUCAUCCACAACCUCCAGACGAACGCGUCCAACACGCCCGCCCUCUUCGCGACGGGCUCCGCCGGCGCAGGACCGGACACCGUCUACGGGCUCAUACUCUGCCGCGGCGAUCUCAGCCCCACCGACUGCUUCGACUGCGGCACCAACGCCGGCCAGGACGUGUACCGGAUCUGCAACCACACGCGGGACGCGGCGCUCGUCUACAACCAGUGCUACGUCCGCCUCGCCCCGACGGACUUCCUCGCCUCCAUCAACAACACCGGCAUGGUGGGCCUCAUCAGCGGCGAAAGCGUCCCCGCAGGCGUCGACGUCGCGGCCUACGACGGCGCUGUCACCAGGCUGCUCAACGCCACCGUGCGGUAUGCGGUGGACAGCUCGGCCCCGUCGUCGUCCCCGAGGAAGUACUUCGCCACGGGGCAGAUGGUGGGGCUCGACCCGCAGCUGCAGCUCCGGACGGGCAUCUGGUCCAUGGCGCAGUGCGCGGGGGACAUAUCGCCGGCGCAGUGCCGGAGCUGCCUGGACGAUUUGCUGGCGCAGUGGUGGGAAGUGUUCGACCGCAACGAGACCGGCGCCAGGCUCGACGGUUCGCGAUGCAACCUGAGGUUUGAAACGGGGAACUUCUACACCGGCGUCCCGAUGGUGAAGCUGCAGAUGAAUGGCGAGGGGGCCGCUCCAGCGCCGGCGCCUUCGACGGAUGUUGUACCUGGCACCACCGCAGGUAAAAAAAAUUCAGUUGGCAAACUUCUCAGAAUUAUAUUGCCAAUAGUAUCUGUUGCUGUAAUAGCUGCCGUAGUCCUCUGCAUAUGGAUUGUUUGUAAGAAGAGAACAUCUCAAGGAACAAAUAUUCCCCGCCGAACUUAUAUGACUGAGGACUUCGAAAGCAUCAAGUCAAUAUUGUUAUCGCUGUCAUCGCUACAAGUAGCAACAAAUAACUUUGAUGAAAGCAAUAAACUAGGUGAAGGGGGGAUUCGGUGCAGUUUACAAGAUCACGAGGAGAAAAGACGACUAGAUUGGAGGAAUCGAUUCAACAUAAUAGAAGGAGUUGCACGUGGAUUGCAAUAUCUUCAUGAAGACUCUCAAAAGAAGAUAGUCCACCGUGACUUGAAAGCGAGCAACAUUUUGUUGGAUUCACACAUGAACCCUAAGAUUGGUGACUUUGGCCUAGCCAGGCUCUUUGGGCAAGAUCAGACUCGAGACGUCACAAACAACAUCGUCGGGACAUUUGGCUACAUGUCUCCCGAGUACGUGAUGCAUGGACAAUACUCCACAAAAUCAGAUGUAUUUAGUUUCGGCAUCCUUGUUAUAGAGAUUGUAACAGGACAGAAAAACGCUGGGCAUUACUUCGACGAGCAAAAUGAGGAUAUUAUAAGCAUUGUAUGGAAGCACUGGACGGAGGGAACGCUUAUAGAGAUUAUAGAUGAUUCUCUAGGGAGAAACUACUCGGAGACUGAGGUGCUAAAAUGCGUUAACAUUGGCCUGUGGUGCCUUCAACAGAAUCCCAUGGAUCGACCUACGAUGUCGGAUGUCAUGGUGAUGCUCAAUGAUGUUGAUACUAGUUCUCUGCCUGCUGCUGCAAGGCCAACUUUUUUCUUAGAUGCAAGCUCUGGUUACUCUUACACUUCAGGUACUAUUUCACACCCUUCUGCCAGGUAG